AUGGCACCACCGGCACCCUCGUCCGACCCCUACGACGACGGCGACGACAUCUUCGGCGACCCAGCGGCGCUGAGGGCCAUCGCGGCGAUUGAGGAGAGAGCUAUAUCUGCGUCUCAAGCUCCGCGGAAGGUUGGAAACAAGUACCACCACCAGGUUGCACCUCCAGGAGCAGGACCACGGGCAGCGGCGGCAUCGACCUCGGCGCGAGGAAGGCCACCGGCACCGCUGAGGACCAACCCCGAGACGCGUGUUUGCGGGUUUGGCUGGGAAACGGGAGGCAAGCAUGCGACCAAGUAUGAAGCCGCCCAGGCCGCGCGUCCAGCUGCGAUCGACGAAGAGUCGCCGCCGACUGAGUUUGUGGUUGGGGACGAUGGGCGGUAUGGUUUUGGCCCAGGAUCUGGGGACGACGAGCCGAUUAUCGAUCGGCGCGCGCGGCCUGAAAUCCGGCAAAUGUUUGACUCUGCUCAGCAGCAGCCACAGCAGCAGCCACAGCAGCAGCAGCAGCAGCAGCAGCAGCAGCAGCAGCAGCCGCAGCAGCGCACAAACCGAGCAACGUCUGCCGGGCCAACAGUGACUGCCCAGCCGCGCGGCCAGUUCGCGGCGCGCCCUCUGUCGCGUACGACCUCGACCACCUCGACGACCUCCACUGGCGCGCCUAACGCGCCACAACUGGGGCCCGUGCGGACAUUAGCGCGGUCCGUGUCAGCAGGGUCGCAUAUCUUUGCGCGUAAUGCUUCGGCGGGGCCGUCAAGACCAGGCGGCUGGCUACCUCCCAUCUCGGGCUCGCAGGGCAGUCAGCCGUCAUCACAAGGCGCUGCGGCCAGGCGUGCGGUACUGGAGUUGGAAGAGGAACGGCGGAUCCGAAAGCAGAUGGAGGACCAAAAUCGCGAGCUGAGGGCCAAGCUGGAAUCCAAGGCUGGCGGUCCGUGGCGCGACGAGGUGCAGAGCGGCGGCGACUCGGAAGACGACGUCGCGGCACUCAGGCAGCAGCUUUGGGCGGCGCAAGGUCAGGCUGAAAAUGCUGUCCGGGCAAAGCAAACAUUAGAGACUGAGUUGAAAGCCGAGAUCGACAGGCUGCGAGCGAACGCGAGAGACAUGGAAGGCCAGAUCAGGCAGCGCGAGCACGACGCCAAGCAGAAAGUCGAGAGCAUGAAGACGCAGGUGGUGUUUAGUGCCCACUCGGCACAUGCCUCGGCGUCCAAGGUAAAGCAGCAGUCGCAAUGGGCAGCCUCACAGCGAGCGGGUGUUCCAACGCCUAUGCGAACCGGGUCUCCAUUACGCGACAAGUCGAUGGUGACACCAGCGCCUCUUGGCAAGUCGGCCAAGGGCAAGGCGCGGAUACCGCCACCACGAUUCGACGGUCUGAACAACGCCUUCAACCAGGGGCCGGGAUCGCGAACAAAACGACAGCGAACGGAGAUGCCGAGCCCAAGCCACUCGCCCAGCAGGACCCCACAGAUGACUACGCCGACGAAGAGACAGAGGUCCAUGUCGCCGGCUGUUCUCUCCCCGAUCCAGAGCCAAGGAAGCCAGGGUAUGCGUCCGCCUACCCCCGGUGGCGACGGCGGCAUGGACUGGGAGCCAGAUGUGGCGAGCGGACUGCCAGAUGUUUCGUCGCUUCGAGAUCCAAAAGCCGAGCUGGUACACCACAUCCUCAACCAUGUCGCCCUGUCACCGCUGCAAGUGUUCCUCGACUACACCAACCAGCCGACGAUCCUCCGCAUCGUCAGCCAGCCGACAUUAACGACUGUGGCGUUUAUCACUGACAGCCACCCGCCUUGGAAAGACCUCUGUGCCGACCUCCUCCGCUUGUGCAGCGACACGGAGCUGUCGUUUGAGGAUCUCAGCCCCGAGGUGGUACGUGUUCUCGGAGGCAUGGUUGCCUUAACAAACGACUUGGCAUUCUCUGGCGACGCGAUUAGUGCCCCUGUCGCACGCUCUAUGCUGUGCUGCUUAAUCAAUGUGUGCCGACUAUUGUCGUCGACCUUGUUUCUCUUUCCUACCCUGCUCCACAGCAAUGGCGAUGCGGCGGCAGGCAUCGUGACGAACAUCAACUGGAUGAGCGAGUUCAUCGGGCACUCGUAUGCAGAUUCCGCAGCCCUCGAAAGGCCGUGGGUCGCAUUGGAGAAGGAGCUGGACGAGGCGGACGUUGCCGCUGUGCCGGAGUACUGGCACACACUCAAGCCUGAGCAGAGACCGUCGAGGCUUUGCAGGGCCGAGUUUGCGGAUGCGCUCGCCGAGCUGGCCGAGGCCAUCUGCCUGUCAGAGGGCAAGAGUGUCUGGGCGUCGGAUGAGCUUGCGCGCACCAUAAUUAUGUUUGCGCAGUCAGACGACGCGGCGACGGUCGUGCGAGGCCUCGACCUGUUCGUUGUCGCCGCGUGCAGACAGGACCACUUCCGGCCGCUGCUCUUCCCGGUAAAGCUUCCAGGCGGCGACCAACACGUAAUCGACCGGGUGGCCCGCUUCCUCGUCAGCGGGCACAAGGACCUCACAGCAGAUCAGCAGUCGUACCGUGUUAAAACGGACAUCCUGUCGGCUCUGUUUGUGCUUGCGUCGCAUGACCCGGACGCGAUUGUCCUGCUCACGGAGAAGUCUGUCCUCGUGCCUGCCCUCUUAACGCUGCUGCACCGUGAGAGCUCACGGGUGUGGGGCGUUCGCGCAGGUGUUGCACCGUCGUACAACCCGCUCAGCGUUGUGGCGCCGACAAUAGCGCUGCUGCACCACAUGGUCUACCCCACACCACUGGCGAAGAACAACACGGCAUCCCAAGCACCAGAUGCGAACGACGAUCCGGACGCGCAUCUGUUUGCUGGAGCCCCGCCACAGGCCGUAGACCUUGCCCGUCGGCUGCAGGAGGCCUCCUCGACCAGCGAGUUCAACGGGAUCCAGCACGUCUUUGUGUCGGCGCUGGGCGCGCUGGCAUACGCCGACGUCGAUGUCGAUGACAGCGUGUGGGGGGUUGCGGCGCGUCCGCCGGGCGAGCACCCGUCGACCAAGCGGGAGCGUGCGCGCGAAGCGUGGCUGAAUGAUAUCCGCACUAUCCAGUUCCUCGCUCAGGACCUGCUCGAGGCCGUCGUGGAAGGGCCAGAAGGCGAUAGCGUAUACGAAAUCUACGAGGAGGAGGUUGGCAGCGACGACGCGCGCGCCGAGAUGGAGAUCGACGAGGGCUAUGAUGAGGAGCAGCGCGUCAUGGAGGCUGAGCGCGUCGACGAAGACGAGUAGAUUAUUUCCAC